AUGGAAGGGGGAAGAUGGACGGUUGACCUGGUCAGGUUGUCUCCUGCAUCCCUCCCCACAACCUCUGAGCGUUCCCUCCCAGGGACCUCCGAGAGAUCUGGUGAGUUCUUCUUUUUAUAUAAGAUUUUUUAUUAGGAAUUACAACAUAACAUUUUAUCAAUAAAGCAUAUCAUCCUCAUUCCCCCCUCCAUUUUCCCCUCCCCCUCCCCAAAAUAGAACCCCCCCCCACCACUCCCAGACUUCCCUCAGCUCCUCUCUCUGGUUUUUCCAUACUUAUAAUUCUCUGCAUAUUAUAAAAUUGUAAAAAUCCUUAACCUAUCUGACUAUAUGUUCUUAAUAAUAAAAAUGUGAAUGUUGAUUCAAAACCUGCCAAGGAGUCCAGUUCAUUUUGUUGUCUCUUUAAAUGCUUUGUAAAGGGUUCCAAUUCUUCUUAUCAGUUGUUCUUAUCACGUAGUUUGUAUGUGAAUUUCGCCAAUUCCGCUUAGUCCAUCUAUUUCUCUUGCCAUAGUUCUUUAGUUGGGGUUUCUUCAUUCUUCCAUCCUUGUGCUAUUAAGACUCUUGCUGCCAUUGUUGCAUACAUAAAGAUAUUCUUAAAUUUCCUUGGCAGGUCUUUCCCUAAAAUUCCUAACAAAAAUACUUCAGGUUUUUUAACAAAUGUUAAUUGGAACAUUUUCUUCAACUCAUUAUAUAUUGUUUCCCAAAAAUUUCUAAUCUUACUGCAAUCCCACCACAUAUGGGAAAAAGUCCCUUCUUUUUCCUUACAUUUCCAACACAUGUUUGAACUGGAUUUAUGCAUUCUUCCUAUCUGUACUGGUGUUAUAUACCAUCUGUACAUAAUUUUCAUAUAAUUUUCUUUCAACAGAGAGCAAUCUGUAAAUUUUAAAUCAGUUUUCCACAAUCUUUCCCAGUCUUCAAACAUUAUAUUGUGACCUAUAUCCUGUGCCCAUUUAAUCAUUACUGUUUUCACCUCUUCAUCUUUUGUUUCCCAUUCUAACAGAAUACUAUAUGCAGCUUUCAGCAGCUUCACCUUCCCUUGUACGACUUCCUUUUGGAAUCUGGAUGUCGUAUAGCUAAAUCCUUUCUUAUUAUCUUCUUUGUAUAUUUCAUGUAGUUGCCAAUAAUGUAACCAACUCUGAAAAUGGUAUUUUAUUUCCUCAUAGUCUCUUAAUUUCCAUUUUCCUUCUCGGUCUUUUAACAGAUCAGCAUACAUAAGCCACUUUCCUUUCUUUCCGAGUGGUUUGAGCAUAAAGCUUUGUGUGGUGAAAGCCACCAAGGAGUCUUUUGUUCUAACAGAUCUUUAUCUCUCUCCCAUACUCUCAUUAAUGAUUUCCUAAUUAUGUGAUUGUAGAAACUUUUAUGUACCUUCCCUUUCCCAUACCAUAAGUAUGCGUGCCAGCCAAAUCUGUUGUCAUGCCCUUCCAAUUCUAAUGCUUCUUGCUUUUCCAACUUCAUCCAGUCCCUAAUCCAAACCAGGCAGGCAGUUUCAUAGUAUAAUUUAAGGUCUGGGAGAGCAUAACUGCCUCUAUCUUUUAUGUCUGUAAGUAUCUUAUAUUUUAUCCUUGGCCUUUUGCCCCCCCAGAUAAACUUAGAAAUUUCUUUCUGCCAGUUUUUAAAACAUUCGUCUUUCACAAUUAUUGGGACUGAUUGGAAGAGGAAUAGCAUUUUUGGCAGCACAUUCAUUUUGGCCGCUGCUAUUUUCCCUAACAGUGAGAGAUUCAUUCUGCUCUAUAUUUAUAAAUUUCUUUUUACCUCAAGCCAUUUUUCCCCAUAAUUAUCUUUGUAUAAAUUUAUAUUUCUUGAUGUUAGCCAUGUCCCUAAAUACUUAACCUUUUUAUGGACUUCUAUCUCAGUGUUUUGCUCCAAUUCCUUUUUUUUUCAUCCUUCAAAUUUUUAAGUAGUAAUUUUGUUUUAUUCCUGUUUAAUUUAAAUCCUGCCACUUCCCCAAAAUUCUGGAUCUUUUCUAUGACUUUAGGGAGUGAAGUUUUUGGGUCUUCCACAGUUAUCACUAAAUCAUCAGAAUAUCCUUUUAAUUUAAAUUUGCUUUUCCCAGUUUUUACACCUAUAAUCUCUUUAUCUCCUCUAAUAUUUCUGGCAAGUACUUCCAGUACCAGAAUGAACAACAGUGGUGAUAAUGGACAUCCUUGUCUGGUUCCUUUUUGUAUCUUACAUUCAUCCAUUAUCACCUGAUUUAUAAUUAAUUUUCUUUUUGCUCUGAGUAAAUUGCUGAUAUUCCUUUUAAAAAUUUAGGGCCACAUUUAAUUUCUUUUCGUUUUUAACCUCCAGGUAUUCUAUUAAAUUCAGAAUAUUCCUUAUAUUCUCCUUCAUUUGUCUACGUCCUUCGGAGGACAACCAAAUUUAAGCACAAAUUCGACCCACAGCUGUGAGGCAUUCACGAGCUUUUUUGUGGAGAAAGUCCUGUUGCUCCGCUGAGACCUCCCUGCCAAUUUAGAUACAGUGACUGAACUGGAGGCCCCUCGACUGACUUAAGGUCCAGUGUUGGACCACUUUGAUCGGAUACUCCCUGCUGAUGUGGAUAGAUUCCUCUAAGUUAGUAGGCCCACCACCUGCCUCCUUGAUCCGUGCCCAUCUUGGCUGAUAAGGGCAUGUCCAGAUGUCGCGCGGACCCCCCUGGUUGAAAUUAUCAAUUUGUCCCUUGGCAUGGGGACAUUCCCAGGGGAACUGAAGGAAGCAGUGGUGUGUCCACUCUUAAAGAAAACUUCACUAGAUCCCUUGUUGUUGUUUAGUCGUUUAGUCGUGUCCGACUCUUCGUGACCCCAUGGACCAGAGAACGCCAGGCACCUCUGUCCUCCACUGCCUCCCGCAGUUUGGUCAAACUCAUGCUGGUAACCUCGAAAACACUAUCCAACCAUCUCGUCCUCUGUCGCCCCCUUCUCCUUGUGCCCUCCAUCUUUCCCAACAUCAGGGUCUUCUCCAGGGAGUCUUCUCUUCUCAUGAGGUGGCCAAAGUACUGGAGCCUCAGCUUCACGAUCUGUCCUUCCAGUGAGCACUCAGGGCUGAUUUCCUUAGGAAUGGAUAGGCUUCUUGCAGUCCAUGGGACUCUCAAGAGUCUCCUCCAGCACCAUAAUUCAACAGCAUCAAUUCUUCGGCAAUCAGCCUUCUUUAUGGUCCAGCUCUCACUUCCAUACAUCACUACUGGGAAAACCAUAGCUUUUACUAUACAAACCUUUGUUGGCAAGGUGAUGUCUCUACUUCUCAAAAUGCUGUCUAGGCCUGUCAUUGCCCUUCUCCCAAGAAGCAGGCGUCUUUUAAUUUCGUGGCUGCUGUCACCAUCUGCAGUGAUCAUGGAGCCCAAGAAAGUAAAAUCUCUCACUGCCUCCAUUUCUUCCCCUUCUAUUUGCCAGGAGGUGAUGGGACCAGUGGCCGUGAUCUUCGUUUUUUUGAUGUUGAGCUUCAGACCAUAUUUUGCGCUCUCCUCUUUCACCCUCAUUAAAAGGUUCUUUAAUUCCUCCUCACUUUCUGCCAUCAAGGUUGUGUCGUCUGCAUAUCUGAGGUUGUUGAUAUUUCUUCCGGCAAUCUUAAUUCCGGCUAGGGAUUCAUCCAGCCCAGCCUUUCGCAUGAUGAAUUCUGCAUAUAAGUUAAAUAAGCAGGGAGACAAUAUACAGCCUUGUCGUACUCCUUUCCCAAUUUUGAACCAAUCAGUUAUUCCAUAUCCAGUUCUAACUGUCGCUUCUUGUCCUACAUAGAGAUUUCUCAGGAGACAGAUGAGGUGAUCAGGCACUCCCAUUUCUUUAAGGACUUGCCAUAGUUUGCCGUGGUCGACACAGUCAAAGUCUUUUGCAUAGUCAGUGAAGCAGAAGUAGAUGUCUUUCUGGAACUCUCUAGCUUUUUCCAUAAUCCAGCGCAUGUUUGCAAUUUGGUCUCUGGUUCCUCUGCCUCUUCUAAAUCCAGCUUGCACUUCUGGGAGUUCUUGGUCCACAUACUGCUUGAGACUUCCUUGUAGAAUUUUAAGCAUAACACUGCUAGUGUGUGAAAUGAGUGCCAUUGUGCGGUAGUUGGAGCAUUCUUUGGCACUGCCCUUCUUUGGGAUUGGGAUGUAGACUGAUCUUCUCCAAUCUUCUGGCCACUGCUGAGUUUUCCAAACUUGCUGGCAUAUUGAGUGUAGCACCUUAACAGCAUCAUCUUUUAAAAUUUUAAAUAGUUCAGCUGGAAUACCAUCACUUCCACUGGCCUUGUUAUUAGCAGUGCUUUCUAAGGCCCAUUUGACUUCACUCUCCAGGAUGUCUGGCUCAAGGUCAGCAACCACACUACCUGGGGUGUACGAGACAUCUAUAUCUUUCUGGUAUAAUUCCUCUGUGUAUUCUUGCCACCUCUUCUUGAUGCCUUCUUCUGUUAGGUCCUUUCCACUUUUGUCCUUUAUUAUGGUAAUCUUUGUAUGAAAUGUUCCUUUCAUAUCUCCAAUUUUCUUGAACAGAUCUCUGGUUCUUCCCAUUCUAUUGCUUUCCUCUAUUUCUUUGCAUUGCUCAUUUAAGAAGGUCUUCUUGUCUCUCCUUGCUAUUCUUUGGAAAUCUGCAUUCAAUUUCCUGUAUCUUUCACUAUCUCCCUCGCAUUUUGCUUGCCUUCUCUCCCCCGCUAUUUGUAAGGCCUCAUUGGACAGCCACUUUGCUUUCUUGCAUUUCCUUUUCAUUGGGAUGGUUUUCGUUGCUGCCUCCUGUAUAAUGUUGCGAGCCUCCAUCCAUAGUUCUUCAGGCACUCUGUCCACCAAAUCUAAAUUCUUAAACCUGUUCCUCACUUCCACUGUGUAUUCAUAAGGGAUUUGAUUUAGAUUGUAUCUUACCGGCCCAGUGGUUUUUCCUACUUUCUUCAGUUUAAGCUUGAAUUUUGUUAUAAGAAGCUGAUGAUCUGAGCCACAGUCAGCUCCAGGUCUUGUUUUUGCUGACUGUAUAGAGCUUCUCCAUCUUUGGCUGCAGAGAAUAUAAUCAAUCUGAUUUUGAUGCUGCCCAUCUGGUGAUGUCCAUGUGUAGAGUCGUCUCUUGUGUUGUUGGAAAAGAGUGUUUGUGAUGACCAGCUUGUUCUCUUGACAGAACUCUAUUAGCCUUUGCCCUGCUUCGUUUUGAUCUCCAAGGCCAAACUUGCCAGUUGUUCCUUUUAUCUCUUGACUCCCUACUUUAGCAUUCCAAUCCCCUAUAAUGAGAAGAACAUCCUUCUUUGGUGUCACUUCUAUAAGGUGUUGUAAGUCUUCAUAGAAUUGGUCAAUUUCAGUUUCUUCAGCACCAGUAGUUGGUGCAUAAACUUGGAUUACUGUGAUGUUAAAAGGUCUGCCUUGGAUUCGUAUCUGGAUCAUUCUGUCAUUUUUGAGAUUGCAUCCCAGUACAGCUUUCGCCACUCUUUUGUUGACUAUGAGGGCCACUCCAUUUCUUUUACGGGUUUCUUGCCCACAGUAGUAGAUAUGAUAGUCAUCCGAACUGAAUUCACCCAUUCCCGUCCAUUUUAGUUCACUGAUGCCCAGGAUGUCAAUAUUUAUUCUUGCCAUCUCAUUUUUGACCACAUCCAACUUACCCAGGUUCAUGGUUCUUACAUUCCAGGUUCCUAUGCAAUAUUUUUCUUUAUGGCAUUGGACUUUCCUUUCGCUUCCAGGCAUAUCCGCAACUGAGCGUCCUUUCGGCUUUGGCCCAGCCGCUUCAUCAGCUCUGGAUCUACUUGUACUUGUCCUCCGCUCUUCCCCAGUAGCAUGUUGGACACCUGAGGGGCUCAUCUUCCAGCGUCAUAACUUUUAUAUGCCUGUUGUCUUUGUCCAUGGAGUUUUCUUGGCAGGGAUACUGGAGUGGCUUGCCGGUUCCUCCUCCAGGUGGAUCACGUUUGGUCAAAACUCUCCACUAUGACCUGUUCAUCUUGGGUGCCCUGCUUGGCAUAGUUCAUAGCUUCUCUGAGUUCUUCAAGCCCCUUCGCCACGGCAAGGCAGUGAUCCAUGAAGGGGAUCCUAGAUCCCUUAGAUCUAUCCAAUUACCGCGCAGUUUCAAAUCUUCCAUAUCUGGGUAAGGUAAUUGAGAGAGUGGUUGCUGAACAGCUUGGUAGGUUUCAGGAGGAAACAUCGGCUUUAGAUCUAUUUCAGACCGGUUUCCGUCCUGGUUUUGGGACCGAGACAGCUCUGGUUGCCCUAACAGAUGAUCUCCGUAGACAACUGGAUUGAGGCGGGUCAGGAGUGCUGAUCCUUUUAGAUUUCUCAGCAGCCUUUGACAUGGUCGAUCAUGAUCUUCUGGACCACCGCCUCACCUACGUGGGGAUACAGGGCAUAGCCCAUAAAUGGCUGUGCUCUUUUAUCUCUGGUCGGGGACAGAGGGUGGCACUAGGGAGGGAAAUGUCGUCGCACCACUCCUUGGUGUGUGGAGUGCCGCAGGGCGCAAUCCUCUCCCCGAUGCUUUUUAACAUCUUUAUGCGUCCCCUUGCCCGGAUUGUCCAGAGCUUUGGGCUGGGCUGUCACCAAUAUGCUGAUGACACUCAGCUCUAUCUGCUGAUGGAUGGCCACACUGACUCGGCCCCGGACACACUGACCAGAUGCUUGGAAGCUGUGGCUGGAUGGUUUCGUGGGAGCUGAUUGAAACUAAAUCCUUCGAAGACAGAUGUCCUAUGGCUUUGAUUUGAUGUUUAAAUCACAGAUAUGCUGGAGUUCCAGUCGGCAGGCCUUUCUUGGCAGCCGCUGAUAAUGAGGCAAUGAGGUUGCUUUGAGAGCUAAUCCAGGCUCUUUCCACUUCCUGAGGUAUCCCCUCAAUAGUGCCAAGAGUUCCCUGCUAGCUCCCUCUUAUACCUCCAAACCCCCAAAUUUGGAGUUUUUCCUUUCCCCUUCUUCUGUACCGCCAGUUUCCAAAAGACUGUUCAGAUUCCUCAAGCUAACAUCUUUUAAUCCCAAAGGACAGCUGGAUACAGUAGUUUUUAACUGGUAUCCAAAAGAAGGGAACAGUUCCCAAAGUCAGAGCCAAUUUGUAACUACGUCUCCAUGGCUGUAAGCAGUUCCUUAUCUCCCACUGUUUUGGCUCCUCAGGAAGGAUGAAAGAGACGGAUCCUGCAAAGCUAGUGAGGAUGGAAGGAGGAAGAUGGACAGUUGACCUGGUCAGGUUGUCUCCUGCAUCCCUCCCCACAACCUCUGAGCGUUCCCUCCCAGGGACCUCCGAGAGAUCUGGUGAGUCCCAGGGGAGUGGAGAUGGGGACCUGGAUGGACGGAGCCAGAGAGGUAUCAGGGCUUGCUCAGUUUGGGGGUGGGAGGAGGCAGGCAGGCGGAUGGAGAUGGAGAAGGGGAGCACCUUUUCGGGCUCCCCCACCUGCCUGCCUGCGCCUUUGUAAUCUGCAGGCAUUUUGAGCUAGGAAUACAGUCGUAUAGUUCUUGAAGUCUCUUCGACUUCCGAGGCGCAACUUUUAAUUGGCUCUUGCAAUGGGAAGAGCUGAUCUGAAGCUGACGCCACAUCACUUUCUCUCCCUGGCACCGCUGGACCAGCCCUCUGCUUCCCUUUCCCUCAGGUGAAAUCCCCAAUGGAGUAGGAAUCACAAGCGACCGUGGGUUUUCUUUGGGAAAACAGAGUAGGACUGUCAGAAGCUUUGUAAGAUUAAAAUAUCACUUAUUUAUGCCGAACAAUGUUAUGAGAUAGGUAUUGAUGUAACUGAAAAAAGAAACAAAACAGAAUGCAAUUAAUUGGUAAACUAUUAGACGUGAUAGAAGGAAGUCACAAAGCUCAAUUGAGCAGAAGAUGUUAAGAUAAAAGAUAUGAUGAGAUGUGUCUAUAUGUUAAAAAAAAUCUUUGGGAAAACAGGUUGCAAACAAACCUUAUUAUAACAGAUGUAAACAAGGAGUUUUGGUUCUUCUUCCACAGAAAUGGAACAAACAGUGCUGUUUAUUAUUUUCUGUUAACAUGAAUACGGAUUCAAGUUAUAGGCUGUAUGCUGUUUAGGCUUAAGGUUACUUCUUUUACACAUUUUCCAUGGAUCAGGCUUAUCCACACACAUUUCUGGAACCGAAUCCUGAAAUCCUGAUCCUGCGUCCUCCGUGUGUUGCCUUUUUCUUUUCUUUUUGGAAUAACUUUUAUUUGCUUUUAAAAACAAGGAUCAUAGGACCACUAAAUGGUGCAAAUAUGUAGACCACGGGUCGGCAAUCUAUGUCCUACGGGCCGCAAGCGGCUCAUAGGGGUCAUUUAACUGAGCUGCCCCCAAACCGAGCCGUCCGCUCGGUGAGUCCUGUGUGUACACACUUGAUCCUGCCCACGGAGUGAUCUCCAUGAGAGUGAACCAGGCCAGGCGAGGUAAAGCUUGCCGACCCCUGAUGUAGACCCAGUCUUCUCAUGUCAUUUGUAUAUCUCAAAACUAGCAGAAUCUAUUUGCAGGAAUAUCUGUAACGUACGAUUCAUCAUUAGUGGUCAGUGUGUGAGUUCUGGGUUCAUGAAAUGUUUUAAACUGGAACAAAAAAUAGGGAAACAGGAGAGAACAGAGAGCAUUCAACAUUGCAUAGCUGAAUGCCUAGUCAGGAGCUCUUGCGGCUGUUGUGUUUAGAUUAAGUGUGAGUUAUAGUCAUUUUUCCUCUUCUGUUACCAAUGAAAUAAUACGGAGUUGGUCUCCUCAUGAACACGGGAGGGGGGGUUCAAACUGAAGAAAGUGAUUUAUGUAUAAAUUUAAAUUUAGACCAAUCAGAUUGAGGCAACUGCUGAUGGGGUGUAGGUUUCACAGACAAGGCAUGGAUGUUAAUGGAUCCUGACCCAAGAGUUCUGCAUAAGGAAGUAAAGGAGGAGAAUCCUGGGAUCAUGGACAGUCUGACCCCUUCUCUCCUUCUGUAAUCUUCAUAGAACUCUAAACCGAUGGUUGCCAUUAAUUUCAUUCUGAAUUGAUUCUAGAAUGUAUUUUAAUUACCGUAUUUUUUGCUCCAUAAGACACUUUUUUCUUCCUAAAAAGCAAGGGGAAAUGUCUGUGUGUCUUAUGGGGUGAAUGCAUGGUCCUUGGAGACGAAUUGCCCAGGGGCAAAAAGCAGAUCAUGUUUUUCUUUUUCUUUUUUGAAAGAGGGAAGUGGGUGUUGAAACAAAGCCACUGAUCAGCAAGCGAUCCGGAGCGAGAUAAGGGAUGCUAGCAAUAAAGAAGGCUGCCUGGGAGGGGGGAGGUAAAGACAGCAAACUUGCAAGGAGAGGAGACAGGAAGACUAAAGCAAUGAGGAGAGUAAUUAGAAGAAAGGGAGGAGCAAAGAACUGCUGCAGCUAAGGAAAAGAAUUUUUUAAUUCAUUAACAUCGUUCAGUAAUCUGGUGCUUCCUUUCUUCCUGAGGCUCUAAUUAGCUUCUCUCUGUUGGCUAUUUGCAGUAUGGUAGCGCUGCAGAGAGCUUGCUGGGGAGACCAUGCAUUAAAAAGGGACUCAAAAAUAACUUAAACAAGGUUUUAAUAAGAAAAAGAAAAACUCCAUUUACACUAAAUACAUCAACAAACAAACAUGACCCAACCACCAACCCAUCCCCCAGGGUGAUGGGAGAGUUAGGUGCUGCUCCUUAUAUACUACACCCAAUUGCUGACACAGCUUAAUCAAUACAACUCAGCAGCACCUGCUAUGUUUCACAGCUGUAAAGCUGGGUCUCGUUAUUUUGCUCUGGCCCUUGCUCUGGCCCCUUAAAGACAUACACAUCGGGUGGAACAAUGAUGAACCUUUACAUUUAAAGUAACCAUUCAACACUCUCUUCAUUGCAGAUGGUGAUGAAUUGGAAGGGAAGAACAAAGGGGAUCACAACAGAAUCCACAUAGUGGAGAAGUCAAAUAAAUAUUCAGGGUGUGGAGAGAACAUCCGUCAGAGCUCCCAGUGCACCUCCCAUCAAGGACACAGCUUCAUUCGGAGGCAUAGCCUUACUUCACACGAAAGAACUCACAGUGGAGAGAAAUUGCAUCAGUGCUUGGAAUGUGGAAAGGGCUUCCGUCGGAAGGAUUCUCUCAUUUCCCAUCAAAGAAUUCAUACAGGAGAGAAACCCUAUCCGUGCUUGGAAUGCGGAAAGAACUUCAGUCAGAGGAGCAAUCUGACAACCCAUCAAAGGAUUCAUACAGGGGAGACACCCUAUAAGUGCUUGGAAUGUGGAAAGAGAUUCAGACAGAGCUCAGAGCUCACUUCCCAUCAUAGAAUUCAUACAGGGGAGAAACCCUAUCAGUGCUUGGAAUGUGGAAAGAGAUUCAGAUUGAGGUCAGAGCUCACUUCCCAUCACAGAAUUCAUACCGGGGAGAAACCCUAUCAGUGCUUGGAAUGUGGAAAGAGAUUCAGACUGAGGUCAGAGCUCACUUCCCAUCACAGAAUUCAUACAGGGGAGAAGCCCUAUCAGUGCUUGGAAUGUGGAGAGAGCUUCAGACAGAGUAGGAAUCUGACAACCCAUCAAAGAUUUCAUACAGGGGAGAAACCCUAUCAGUGCUUGGAAUGUGGAGAGAGCUUUCGUGAGAGUCGAUUACUCGCUUCCCAUCGAAGAAUUCAUACAGGGGAGAAACCCUAUGAGUGCUUGGAAUGUGGAAAGGGCUUUAGUGAGAGUCGAUUACUCGCUUCCCAUCGAAGAAUUCAUACAGGGGAGAAACCUUUUCAGUGCUAUGAAUGUGGAAAGAGCUUCGCUCAUAGGAACAAUCUCACUUCCCAUCAAAGCAUUCAUACAGGGGAGAAACCUUUUCAGUGCCUUGAAUGUGGAAAGAGCUUCACUAACAGGGCCAAUCUCAUUUCCCAUCAAAGCAUUCAUACAGGUCAGAAACCAUAUAAAUGCUUCGAAUGUGGAAAGAGCUUCAGUCACAACUACAGUUUCAAUAUUCAUCAAAGAAUUCAUACAGGUGAGAAACCCUAUCAGUGCCAGGAAUGUGGAAAGAGCUUUCGUGAGAGGGGAAAACUCACUGCUCAUCGAAGAAUUCAUACAGGGGAGAAACCCUAUCAAUGCUUGGAAUGUAGAAAGAGCUUCACCCAAAGGGCCCAUCUCCUGAUCCAUCAAAAAACUCAUACAGGUCAGAAACCCUAUCAGUGCCAGGAAUGUGGAAAUAGCUUUCGUGAGAGGGGAAAACUUGCUGUUCAUCAAAGAAUUCAUACAGGGGAGAAACCCUAUCAAUGCUUGGAAUGUAGAAAGAGCUUCAGUCGGAAGGAUGCUCUCACUUCCCAUCAAAGAAUUCAUACAAGGGAGAAACCCUAUCAAUGCUUGAAAUGUGGAAAGAGCUUCAGUCAGAGGCACAGUCUCACUUCCCAUCAAAGAAUUCAUAAAGGGGAGAAACCCUAA